AUGAUACAUAUAUCAAAGCUAAUCUUCAAAAUUACAAAAUUAACGCUUAUUUUCUGGUGUCUAUACAUUGUUUUAUCUCCAAAAAUUCAACUAUCAAAUGAUCAAAUCUUAAAUACUUUCAUACCUUCACUUAUAAAGGAUCGCAGCAACGACCCAAGCCUCACAUUAGUAGUAGCACACCCAGAUGAUGAAGUCAUGUUCUUCUCUCCUACUCUUCUACAAUUGGAUUCUCAUUUACCUCCAAAUUGUAAAUUUAACAUUAUUUCAUAUUCAGAUGGUGACGCUGAAGGUUUGGGCUCGUUAAGGUCAAAUGAACUGGCGCAUUCAAUAGAUAUGCUAAUUCCGAGAAGAAAUAAAGAAAUUUUCAUUUUCAAUCAUACGGAUGGCAUGAAUGAAGUUUGGGAUAAUAAACUGAUGUUGCAUCAACUAGAAUCUAUACUAUCAGAUUCUCAAACAAAUAUUCUACUAACGUUUGACCAAUUUGGUGUUUCUAACCAUAUCAACCAUAAAGCAUGCCAUCAAGUCGUCACUUCAUACAUCCAGUCUCAUGCUAAGAACAAUUUUGCUCUUUUACUUGAUAGUUAUUCUUCAAAUCUUUUGAAAAAAUAUACAGGUUUUGCAUGGCAGUUAGUAUUUUUAGCUAAAAACUAUUGGAUCCAUGGUAAGACACUGCCAAACUUAGAUCAUUUAGCCCUUUUUAAUCCGUAUUCUGACUAUAUUACAGCUUAUGCAACAAUGUUAAAAGCACAUAAGUCUCAAAUGGUCUGGUUCAGAUAUGGAUGGUGGUUCUUUUCGAGAUUUGUUUACGUAAAUGACUUGAAAUUAUAUACUCAUUAA